GAACGUGAAAAAAGAAAGCACGAAAGGAUUCUUAGUGAAGAACUUGUUGCUGCUGUGACAUAUCUCAACCAGUUUUUACCCCCAGAGCAUGCAAUUAUAUAUAUACCCUGGGAUAUGGCCAAAUAUACAAAAAGCAAACUUUGCAAUGUCCUGGAUAGACUGAAUGUGAUUGCAGAAAGUGUAGUAAAGAAAACUGGAUUUUUUGUAAAUCGACCUGAUUCCUACUGCAGUAUCUUGCGGCCAGAUGAAAAGUGGAAUGAACUGGGAGGUUAUGUUGUUUCCACUGGUCGCUUGCAGACUGGAGUUCUCCGAACCAAUUGUGUGGACUGUUUAGAUCGCACUAACACAGCCCAGUUUAUGGUGGGAAAAUGUGCUUUGGCAUACCAACUCUAUUCAUUAGGAUUGAUUGAUAAACCAAAUUUACAGUUUGAUACGGAUGCUGUUAGACUGUUUGAGGAAUUAUAUGAAGAUCAUGGAGAUACACUUUCACUGCAAUAUGGAGGUUCUCAGCUUGUCCACAGGGUAAAAACCUAUAGAAAGAUAGCUCCAUGGACUCAGCAUUCCAAAGAUAUUAUGCAGACACUCUCAAGAUACUAUAGUAACGCUUUCUCAG